AUGUCUUACCGCGAUAACCAGCAAUACGGCAGUGGCGGUGGCGGCGGCGGCGGUGCCAGCAGCAGCUACUACAACAACGACGAGGACUUCUCCGGCCGUAACAACAACAACAAUAACAACAACAACAACUCCUACGGCGGAUCCAGCGGUGGUUACGGCAACUCUAACGAGGGCCGUUCCAACCAGGGCUACGGUAACCAGUACCAAGGCCAGGACAACUACAACAACCAAAACCAAGGCCAGGGUAACUACGGCGGCCGUCAGGAAUCCCACGGUAGCGGAGGCUACGGAAACAACAACAACGACUCCUACGGUGGAUCUAGCGGUGGCUACAGCAACCAGAACCAGAACCAGGGCCAAGGAAACUACGGCGGCCGUCAGGAAUCCCACGGUAGUGGAGGCUACGGCAACAACAACAACAACUCCUCCGGCUAUGGCAACUCCUCCUCUGGCUAUGGCAACUCUUCCUCCGGCUAUGGCAACUCCUCUUCCAACCACCACUCUUCCAACAACGAUGACGACGACUACAGCAGCGCUGUCUCGCACGCACAGGAAAACCACAGCAGCGAGGACAAGUCCCUGUUCAGCACUGCAUUGAACUUCCUCAAGGACCGCAAGACCUCCGGCGAUGACCUCGACGAGAAGCAGGCGGCUAAUGCCCACCAGGCCAUGUACGGAUCUGGUAACUCCAACCAGAACCACGAUUCCAACACCAUUGGUGCCGGCGCUGCUAUGCAGGCUUUGAAGAUGUUCUCCGGUGGCAGCAGUGGCAACAGUGGAAGCAGCGAUGGUGGUAUGGAUAAGAACAAGCUUAUCGGACUUGCUAUGGCCCAGGCCGGAAAGUUGUUUGAUGAGAAGAAUGGAUCUGGUGGUAAUGUGUCCGGUGACAAGCAGUCUGCCAUCAACUCUGCUGCCGAGAUGGCGCUUAAGAUGUACAUGAAGAACCAGGGUGGUGGCUCUAGCGGUUCUGGUGGGCUUUUGAGCCUUGCCAGCAAGUUCAUGUAA